AUGUCAGAUCCAACAGUCGCCAAGAGUUUCCUAAGGGACUGGGAAGCCCCAGAAUUUGCGAAGAAGAUGAAAAAUGUUCCGAAGCACAGAAUGGAGAUUCGUAACUUGGAGUUUCUGUUGGCUGAUGCCGUAGUGAAAGGCCACAAGUCAGUCGUUACAUGUGGGGCUUUCACGUCAAAUCAUUGUCGUACCACUGCGGUAGCAAGUGCACAGUUGGGCUUAGAUGCACACAUUUGUAUACGGGGCGGUGGUGAAAAAGUCCCGAUGCGUGGAAAUUUGAUGCUGAGUCGGUUUUCUGGCGCUACGUUGUACAGGCUUCCAGACUCGAUCUCAGAUUCAGGCUUUUUUGAUAAAAUGGUGGAACUUUCCAAGAAGUUAGGGACGAUUACCGGCGAUGAACCAUACGUUAUUCCAGUUGGUGGUUCCAGUUACCCUGGCCUCUUUGGUUAUGUGAAUUGUUUUGCAGAAAUGAUGCAACAGGGCGUAUUAGAAAAAUAUACAGAUAUUGUCAUAACAUGUGGCACGGCCGUAACAACUGGAGCUAUCGCCAUCUCAAAUUAUCUCACAGGGUCAAAGUUAAGGAUUCAUUCCUUCAGUAUAAAACGACCAUUGUCGUUCAUAUAUGGCUAUGUACAGGAAUGCAUUGAUUUGGCUGGUCUUGAUGGCGUCAAGGCGGAAGACCUUGUCUCUGCAUGUGUGGAUUACAUCGGUGAAGGAUAUGGCAAGAAUACAGAACAGGAGCUAGAUUUUAUUCGUAAUGCUGCCGAUACUACUGGAAUUGUGUUAGAUCCAGUCUACACCGGAAAAGCUGCUCGUGGUGCAGUUGAAGAAAUGAAGAACAAUCCAGGACGUUUCAAGGGAAAGAAAGUUCUCUUCCUUCACUCUGGCGGCGUGUUUUCUAUUUACACUGAUCAACGAUUUGAUGGAGUUAUGACCAAAGAAGGAUCUGCUGCCAAUAAAGUACACUACUGGUUGGACCUUGAAUCUGAACCACCUGUGGGUGUCACUGCAAAAGAACAGUAACAAAAUCACCAUGCUAAGGAUCUGUACAAGAACCUAAUUAAUCGCAUCUAAACAUAAUCAACAUGACUAACGAGAAAAUGCAAUUAAACAUUAAUUGCUAAGUAUAUAUAUAUACCAUUUUCAUUAGUCUAAGUGAAUGACAGUAGAGUGAUGAACAGCUAAUAAAACUACUUUUCAAUUGUUUUUAGUGUUGCCUGUAGAAUAUAACGAUGGGAACAACGCAAGAUGUCUCAAUUUAGUCAACUGUCGCUUUGGGGGUGGGGUGAUAGUGUAUCACUGUUUUGGUAUGUUUAGGGAGGGGGGAAAUAGAAGUGUCUACUUUACAUCAUCUCAUUCUGUUGUUGAAUAACUUAUUUUGGUCGAUGUUGUACUGCACAAUUGCUCAAAUUCUUGAUUUUUAUUCCCCAAAGUUAUUUUCUGUACCUAAAUUUGAUCCAUGUCAAUGCAAGUAUUAAAUACAACUUGGGGAUGUGUUACAAGUGUUUUAGCUUCUCAAGCAAUAUUGAAAUGAAUUACUUUUACGGCAUGAAAAGUGAUGAUUUUGUCAUGGCAUUGCAGACUUAGUUCAUAGAAACUGCUUGAGCUGUAUAAAUACACACGCAAGAACCUUUUGCUCAAUCCCUUUUCUCAGGUUUCACUCGUCAGUUUACUUGCAAGGCUGAAGCUAUCCGGUUUGGCAUAUAUAUUUGCAAACAGUAUCGGUAUUCAAGUGAUAUUUGCCUAUAUCAUCUCCCGCACUAAUAAAUGGAUUAGUCAUGCAAACUUUAAUUCGUUAUUCAUAACGAGAUAAACUGAUAAUAAAUAAAUCUUUAAACCAUAGUGUUCUGUAUUUCAACUGAAAAAGGCUAUGAUUUUGACAUUGGCAGCUGUGAUGUGAAUAGUCAGUUUACAUUUGUUGGUUGUAUGUUGCCCCAUUUCUGUUUUUUUUUUUUCACCAUUGUAUCAAUGUCUACAUUUUCUUCAUUCCAGACUAAUCUGUAUUGUCCAUACAGUAAUAAAUAAAACUGCUUAUACUAGUAGUAAGAAAAA